AUGGCAGGCAUGGCUAUUUCUAGUCAAGGUCAGCUGCAGAGGAUUCCCUGCCCAAUCGGUAUGGAGAAUGCUCCCAGCCAUGGAAAUAACAAGGAAGGAGAGAAAGACAGCAGUUUGCAGGAUGGGGGAGGCAGCAGAGAGAGCCUAUUGCUGGCUAUGGAGCAGGAGAGAAGAGCUGAGCUGGAAGCCAGGAGGAGGAGAUGGGCAGUGACUUGGCCACCACUGCCGACCCACCAGAAGCCGAAGCCUCCUGACUCCGAGACCAUGAUCCUUCACAUCCUGCUGUCCUCCAUCUCUCUGCUCACUGUGGCUCUCAACCUGAUGGUCAUCAUCUCCAUCUCCCACUACAGGCAGCUCCACACCCCCACAAACCUUGUCCUCCUGUCUCUGGCUGUCUCAGACUUCCUUGUGGGCCUCCUGCUCAUACCAGUUAAAAUCCUCCUCACAUGGGUCUGCUGGUUUUGGGGGGAACACAUGUGUGCUGUGCGUUACUGUACUUCCUUUAUUGUUACCUCUGCCUCAGUAGGAAACAUGGCGCUCAUAUCAGUCGACCGCUAUGUGGCUAUUUGUCACCCUCUGCAUUACCCCACCAAAGUCACUCAGAGCAAAGCUAAAGUCUGUGUUUGUGUGUGUUGGAUUGGCUCUGUUCUCUCUACAAGUUAUCUUCUAAAAGAUUUACUUAGGCAACCAAACAGAUUUAUGUCUUGUCAUGGAGAGUGUGUGAUUAUUAUUGACUACAUCACAGGAACUGCUGACUUUGUCUUAAACUUUUUCCUUCCCAUUACUGCCAUCAUAGUUCUGUACAUCAGAGUGUUUGUGGUCGCUGUGUCUCAGGCUCGUGCCAUGAGAUUCCACAUUGUGUCUGUCACUCUGCAGCCUUCAGGGACUGGAACUGCUAAGAAAUCGGAGCUGAAAGCAGCCAGGACUCUUGGUAUUGUCGUAGUUGUGUUUCUGAUAUGUCUCUUUCCAUAUUACUCUCCCUCUCUUGCAGGCCAGGAUUACACAGUUGGUCCUUCAUAUUUGUCCUUCGGGAUUUGGUUGAUGUUUUGUAACUCCUGUGUAAAUCCUUUGAUCUAUGCCUUUUUCUACCCCUGGUUCAGAAAAUGUAUUAAACACAUAGUUACACUUCAGAUCCUGCAGCCUGACUCCUGUGAGGCCAACAUACUGUAG